AUGCACCACAAGGAUAUGGUCAGAUUUUGUCGACAACUAUUUCUUCAAAUGCCUUUCUUCAAUUUAUGCAAGAUCCUAACUCCACAAGUACCAGUUAUGCAUUUUUCUCUUCCACAGCAAUCAGAACCUUUAGUACAUGAACAUCCAGGAAUACAAGUGAUGGUUAUUACAAUGGUAGAGGGAAU